AUGCUCAGGACAGACCAGCUCAGCAAUGAGUGGAAGGAUAGCCUACAACAUGCACAGCACGAAGAUUCGAACAUUAAGCCGAUUCUGGAAUGGAUGAAGGCCAGUGCUCCUAAGCCCAAGUGGAGCGACGUCUCAGCGAUGAGUUCGACUACGAAAAGCUAUUGGGCCCAAUGGGACAGCUUGCUGAUUCAGGAUGGAGUCCUGUGCCGUAAAUGGGAAAAUGGUCGGGAAGACAGUUGUCUUUUGCAAAUGGUUGUCCCUAAAGCUAAAGUACCGGAUGUUCUACAGCUGUACCAUAGUGUUUGUUCAGGAGGCCACCUGGGAGUUAAACGAACUCUAGUGAAGAUCCGAGAACGGUUUUACUGGGUCCACUGUCGUGACGAUGUCGAGGACUGGUGCCGCAAUGUACAAGUUGUGCGGCUGUAA